AUGAAGAUUCAGUUCACAGGCUACAAAAAGACAAAAGAAAAUUUUUUAACAAAGCUGUCUAAAAUAUCUUCAGAUAUUAAAACACUCAAGGAUAAUCUUUCUCAGCUCAAUAUUUUCUCAUACAUGUCUGUAGGUGGAAAUAAAAUGACAGUGGUAGAAGAUAAAAAUAAAAUAAGUUUAAUGUCUAAAGGAAAGAAUAAGAAUUGUUUAAACAUAACUUUUCCUAACAUUUUCGGUAGUGGAGAGAAUGUUGAUUUUAGUUUUAAUUCUACUAAAGAGUAUAAGAUUGCAGUAUCUAAACCAUUUAUUUUUAGUAAAUGUCUUUUAUUUGCAGAUUUUAAUUCAAGCAGGUGUAUUAAGAAAAUAUUAAAUAAAGAAUAUACAGUAGACAAGCAAGAACUGGGAAUACGUCAUAAAUAUCUUGAUGUGGGAAUUGGAUUAGAUAAAUACCUGUUUGUUAGAGGAAAAUAUUCUUUUGUAGAUUUUAAUAUAAAAAAAGGAUUAGAUUUUUUAAAAAUUACUACAGAUUUAAAAUUUUAUUAUAAUUUAGCGACCUUUCUUCAAUACAAGCUACUUUUCAGAACUGGUAUCGCACAAGGAAAUAUUAAUCAGGUAGAUAAAUUCUACUUGGGUGACAAUAUUAAAGGAUAUAAAAACAAUAGUAUAUUGCCCAGUAAUGGACAGAAUAAUGGAGGAAGAUCUUUUUUAGAAAUCACAAAUAAGCUUGUUUUUAAGAUGAAAACAAUGGAUUUGUAUUUUUUUAAUUCGAUUGGUUGUAAUCAUGCGAAAGAAAAUAUUUUUGAAUAUAUUUGUAAACCCGAAAUUCAAUCCCCAGGAUCACUAGGACAUUCUGUAGGACUUGGAUUGAAUGUGCCACUUAGAAAAGAUGAUUAUGGCCCAAAUAUUGACAUUUCAUUGGCUUAUCCUCUGUUAAAAAACAAAGAUACAGAAACAUACGCGUUUUCAUUUGAUAUACAAUUUUAG